AUGUGCGAGCUCUCCGAUCUGACGGCCGAAGGCCAGUUGCGUUCCGCCAUCCGCUACGGCGUCAUGGCCGUCUUCGGCGGCGCUGUCGCCAUCUUCGGUUGCGGCGCCAACGCGAUUUUGGCGUAUCUAUUUAUUGGGAAGUUCAACUACCGCCACUCGCCAUUCUUCUUCAUGGGAUUUGUGGCGUUCUUCGACACCCUCAUCGAUGUGAUGUACCUCUUGGUUAAUGUGAGUAAACAAGUUUAGAAAAUUAAUAAAUGUAAUAUGAAAGUAGGGUAGUGUGAGAAGUAAAUUUCUUCAACUACAACGCUCAGACUUUCAUGAAACUUGGCACAAACUUACACUAAUUCUUUCUGAGGAUGAUGCGAGAUUCCUAGUUCGCGCUUUGCAGAAACUAUCGAGAUUUUAAGAUUGAAAAAAUUUUUCUGGCAAAAUUUUUACACGCAAUAUCUAAAUUUUUCUGGCAAAAUUUUUACACGCAAUAUCUUCUACUUAUUUCUACCGUAGAGUGCAGCAAAAAAAUCAUUUUUUUUCCGCACGAAACUGGCAAGACUGAUACUUCAGAUGUUGCCAAAAAGUGUUUUUAUCUCUGACCGCUCUCCCUGUUUUGCCCACUCUCUCGACGACAAAGGUCGUUGAAUCUUUCUGCUGUCCCAAGGUACAACUAAAUUUUCUCUCCCCUAACCCAAAACGUUUGUUUUCUCCCUGACCGCCCUCCACGUUUUGAGUACUCUCUCAGUGGAAAAGAUCGAUGACUAUCUCGGCUAUGCCUGCAAAUCGCAAGCCCAAAUAUUGAGGAAUUGAUAUGCAGCCUCUACUAGGGUUGUGUGCAAAAUUUAAAGCAAAUCUGCGCGUCGCACUUCAAAUAUUAGUCGGUCGGGGAAAUAAUGAGCACUCUGACGCUUUGAAAAUUGUAUCGCAAAUGAAUUGUGUCGCUUUAAAAUCACAUUGCUUUUCAGUUCAGCGACGGGGUCGGCGUAGCGACAUUGUGCUUAUUACUUUCCCGACAGACUGAUACAUACUUCCCCUUUUCAGCUUCGUAUUUUACAAUGCUAUUUUUUAAUACCUAAAGGUAUUACACUAACAUAAAUGCCCUUUAGACCCUUCCAAUAAGCUCCCAACAAUUUCUCUGGAAGUCCAUCUACCUUUUAUGGCUCCAACACGCCCAAUGGUUGCUGGUGUUGGUCCAGAUCUUCAAACUCGCCUCCACAUUUUGCCUUGUCAUUGCCAGCUACGAGCGCUACCAUCUGACCAAACAUUGGACCACCAGCGGCUUCGAUUAUCGGACUCGAUGGAUUUUGCUGGUGCUGAUCGUGGGACUGGCAGUGUUUAUCAAGGUGUUUCAUCCAACUGUAAGAUUUUUUGCGGGUUUCUAUAGUGUCAUGGCCGUAGAAAUGCGAAUCGCCAAGAUUCAACAACCUUUGCAAGAGAGCUCAGAGAACUAUUUUCAUAGUUUCUUGGCGGCUGUAAACUUGCGGACAACGAUUUUGCGGGAGCAGCUAGAAGAGCCGCGGAGAUUCUAUGUUUAGAAAGCAGCCAACGUUUGCUUACAGCAAGAAAUUCUAACGAUGGAUUUGGCAGUUGGAUGUUGCCAAUUAAAUUUCCAGGUGCAUAGGUGACUUGAAUUGUUACCACAAGGCGAACCAGGCAUUUUUCAAAGUUCAAAAACCAAAAAGUCUUUUCAUAAGGAGAGGGAGGUUUUUUGCCACAUUUUUGAUACGUACCGGAUGCAAAAUGGUACAUUUUUUUGACACUGGAACCGGUCCCCUACUGUACGGUGGAAAAAGCCGUAAUUGUAAAGGGUAAAUGGCUGCCCGCAAGGCGGUUGUCCGCAAGAGUCGUGUCAGGGAUCGCUGGACAUCUCCAUUCAAAUUUCAUCUCCAUUUUCAGCUGUACGUAACGGUCCGCCGACCCGAAUGCACCUCGCUCUUCAACCGCCUGAAUGUCGAGCGAAUGGCCGCCACGGACAGUCUGACCUCGUUGUUCGACGUGCUGGUCGUGGCGUUGCCCUUCUUCACCUUGAUCUUCCUGAACGGCGGGAUUGUCUACAUGAUUCGACGACAAAACGUCCAACAACUCCGAUUUCUGAUCACGGAAUUGACGAUGGGAAAGGACCUGACCGAGGUCCGAAAACAGAACCUACGCUCGGCGACGAACACGCUGUUGUUCAUUAUAACCACGUACCUCAUCGCUAAUACGCUGGGAUUCUUCAUGACCAUCGUGGAGUAUUUUUACCCGAGUAAGCGAGGAGUGGGGUUAAUCUUUGCGGAGAGUAAAUUUUAAUGAAAAUGGGGACGAAUUGAUCAGUCUGUCGGAAAAAUAAUGAGCUCCUUCGAAGCGAAAAUUGCAUCGCCGCCAAGAAAAUGAAUUGUGUCGCGGCAAAAUCAAGUUGCUUUCCAAUUCAGCGACACGAUUAGCGCUACGACAUUGCACUCAUUAUUUUUACGACAGACGGAUACACGAGGCAAAAAAUACUUGUAAUUUCUGAAGCGCAGAAAACAUUGCCGCAAUUAAAAGGUUUCGUUGUUCAGAGGUUCCUUUGGCCCUUGUCAGUCCAUCGGGAAAAUGAUUAGCACUCUGUCGCAUCGAAAAUUGCACCAGCCGCCGAGAAAAUGAAUUGUGUCGCAGCAAAAUCAAAUUGCUUCUCAAUUCAGCGACGCGGUUGGCGCAGCGACCUUACGUUCAUUAUUUUCCCGAUAGACUGCUUGGAAAAUCAGGAGCGGUAGUACAAACCCCCAGUCCAGUUCAGACCCCCAUGCUCCAGUACAAACCCCCUCAUCCAAUCUGAAAAAGUGUGUCGUCAGUAAGCUUUUUGAGGAUGCUGUCGGAGCUCAAGACAACGGAUCAUCGUUGCUCUAAAACGUAGGGGGUUUGAUCUAAACGUAGGGGAUUGGAUGUCCAACGUUGGGGGUUUGUUAUACGACGACGGCCUGAAUGUGAACGCCAACAACAUGGAGGAUAUUCUGGGGCUCUAAUUUUCAUUUUUGAACUACCUUUCCCGGAGGGCUGAACUCGGAAAGCCCCGAAAAUCAGUCUAAUUUUUGUCCGACCUGCCUUCCUUAUUUAACGUGUUCCCUUGUUGAGAAGGCCGUUCAAAUUCCGCAGCUGCCGCUGACAAAGCACCAGGCUAUAGUGAUCAAUUUUCGACUUAAAAAUCUUGGUCGUUCCUACAAAGCCCGAGCCUUGUAGACUAUUUAGCUUCGACUUUUAAUAACAUAUUUUGUAACUUUCCAAACAAAGUCAUCAUUUCCUUUUCCAGACUACUACGAGACCUACUAUCCGCACGGCUAUCGGAUGGCGUCGGAUCUGUCGAGCCUGCUCACAGUCAUCGGGAACGCCCUCCGAUGUCCGGCGCAUCUGAUCGUGAACUCGGAGAUCCGCGAGAAAAUGUUCGACCUGUGCUGCGUGCGGUGGCGGCGGAUGGAACUGAAGGUAAAUCAUCUGAUCAGCCAGGUAGGGCGGACUCAAAUUCAAAAAAGAAAUUUUUUGUUUUUGUGAAGGUGGUUGGUUGCAUUAACAGUUUGUCGGGAAAAUAAUGAGCACUCUGUCGCAUCGAAAAUCGCAUCGCUGCCGAGAAAAUGAAUUUUGUCGCGGCAAAAUCAAUUUUCUUCACUUCAGCGACGCGGUCGGCACAGCGACUUUGCGCUCAUUAUUUUCCCGACAGACUGAUACAUUUUCUGUAAAUUUACUUAUAAAACUUUUGUUUUCUGUAAUACAGUGGGGGACCUAAUAUAGUGGCAAAAAACGCCAUUUUGACUCCGGGAAGUAUCAAAAAUGUGGCAAAGUGCUUCCAUUUCCAAGUGAAAAAACUCCGAUUUCAAAAGCGCGCCCUUCAAAACGAAGUUUUUUCACUUGGAGAGGGAAGCAUUUUGCCACAUUUUUGAUGCUUCCCGGAUGCAAAAUGGUACAUUUUUUGCCACUGGAUCAGGUCCCCAUUAGAAAAAUGGAUUAUUGAUAAAAAGCAAACCUAAACUUAUCUUUUACAGACCUAUGUUUGUUUCUUUCAUAGCUUUUUUUUGUCAUUACCUUACAAAAAAAAUCGAUUUUUUUCUAACUCCUGCCAUUUUCAGCCCACCAAACUGCAAGGCCUCGAAAACCUGCAUCAGAACCAGUGGGAGUCGCCCUGGUUCUCGGCGCUCCUCACCACCCGCGACACUCUACCUCCCAUCGACGACGCGGCUUCGGACACGGACCAGUUCAUUCGAAGGCGCUCGGCUCAAAGCCUGAACCCGAUUUUCGAUCGGGAUAUGAUACGAAGGCUCUCGAAUGUCGGUAUUGUAUGA